AUGCAUGGAAUGAGACCAUUCGAUAGUGGCCAUGAAGACUUGGUCCAUGACGUUGUUUACGAUUUCUACGGAAGACAUGUCGCGACAUGUUCAUCAGAUCAACACAUCAAAGUUUUCAAACUAGAUAAAGAUACCAGUGAAUGGCAAUUAAGUGAUUCAUGGAAGGCUCAUGAUAGUAGUAUUGUUUCACUUGAUUGGGCUAGUCCUGAGUAUGGGCGCAUUAUCGUUUCAGCUUCUUAUGAUAAGACUAUCAAACUUUGGGAAGAGAAUCCUGACCAAGAAGAAUGUUCUGGCCGUCGUUGGAAUAAAUUAUGUACGUUAAAUGAUUCUAAAGGAUCAUUGUAUUGUGUUAAGUUUGCUCCACCUCAUUUGGGGUUGAAAAUAUCGUGUAUCGGUAAUGAUGGUGUGUUGAGAAUUUAUGAAGCGUUGGAACCAUCAGAUUUGAGGUCUUGGGCUUUGACAUCGGAAAUUAAAGUAUUACCUGUACCACCAGCUAAUCAUUUACAAUCUGACUUUUGUUUGUCAUGGUGUCCCUCUCAUUCUUCUACUGAAAAAUUGGCAGUUUGCGCCUUAGAUCAAGCUUUAAUAUAUCAAAGAGGUAAAGAUGGGAAAUUACAAGUGGUUGCAAAGUUGAAUGGACACAAAGGUUUGAUUAGAUCUAUUAGUUGGGCACCUUCCAUAGGAAGAUGGUACCAACUGAUUGCUACUGGUUGUAAAGAUGGGAAACUUCGUAUUUUCAAAGUGACUGAAAAGCUUUCAGAGACGUCCUCAUCAUCGGCACAGGAUUCUUCAUAUGGAGAACAUGACAGUGAUACGUUUAUGUACGGGGAAGAGAAGGAAGCAUCAAGUUUACAACCUUCAAUUAGUGUGGAAUUGUUAAGUGAACAUGAUGAUCAUAAAUCAGAAAUAUGGUCUGUAUCGUGGAAUCUAACCGGUACAAUAUUAAGCAGUGCAGGUGACGAUGGUAAAGUACGUUUAUGGAAAUCUACAUAUUCAAAUGAAUUUAAGUGCAUGUCAGUAAUCAGUGCAAAAGCAUAA